AUGGUGAACUCCGAUGACUUGGUUGAUUUUGAUAUCAUCGAGGCCCAGAAAGAAAAUGUUCAAUCACUCCCCGGUGGUAGAUCAGCACGAGAGCUUGCCCGGAUUUUCUCAGGUGGCAGCAAUACCAGCGACAAAUACGCAACCCCGACACCAAACGACACAAGGAGUUUGAACGAUGCAAUUCGUGAAGAAUACGAAAGCGAAUUGCAAGUGAUCGGAGAAUCAGACGACCCGCUCGAUGUUUACGAUCGUUAUGUUAAAUGGACACUGAACGCGUACCCCUCCGCCCAAGCGACCGCCGAGUCCGGUCUUCUUCCACUACUUGAACGCGCCACAAAAUCUUUUCUCUCCUCAGCCGACUACAAAAACGACCCACGAUACCUGCGCCUGUGGCUACACUACAUUAGACUAUUCUCUGACGCUCCACGAGAGACCUUUGCUUUCCUCUCCCGGCACCAUAUUGGCGAAGGCCUGGCCCUUUUCUAUGAAGAAUUUGCCGCAUGGUUGGAAGGCGCGGGGCGUUGGAAUCAGGCCGAUGAAGUUUACAGGCUAGGUGUGGACCGUGAGGCUCGACCAGUCGAGCGGUUGUUGCGAAAAUACAGCGAAUUCCAACAAAGAUUUGAAUUGCAGCCACAGAAUGCCGGGCCAUCAUCUCCAGCUCUGCCGAAAGUCCGAGCUGCGCUGGCCGCGAAAACGGACCCCUUCGCGUCAGCUGAUGGUUCUCCAGACCCCCAGGCUGCACGCCCCCCUCCCGCCAGUGCCCCUAAAACAAAGUCCGGAAAGCCCAAGAUGGCUAUUUUCUCGGAUGCCGGCGCAGGUGAUAGCCAACCAGCGGCGAGUGAACACACGAAGGGCUGGGGAAGUAUUGGAUCAAUGGACGAGCGCAGGAAGGAAAAUCGGGUGGAGGCAAAACCGUGGGCUGGGGAGACAUUAAAGGCAGGGAAGAAGGCAGCGCCAACGCAGAAGAUGGCCAUCUUCCGGGACCAGUCAAAUUCAAAUCAACAUCAAGAAACUGAAGAAAAAAGUGCUCCCAAUCACGUUCCAGAACACCAUGUAAGGGAAGCGGUAAACCCACGAACGGGCCGUCGAGAGCGCGUUUUUGUCGACUUGGAGGCAGUGUACCCUGACCGUCGGAACCCUGCGCAUGAGAUUAGCUUUGAGGAACUUCGAGCUAUCCAACGGGGGUGGAUGAACAAGAAUUGGCGGAGCCAGAAGGAACCCCUUCAAAAGAUCUCUGGAAACGUUGGAGGUUUUGAUUCUCCAGUUGCAAAUCCCAAAGCACACAGUCCUAAUGACGAUCUCCGAGUUUCGAAUUUGAAAAAAGGGAUUGAUGGCCAGGAUAACGAGCAGCAUGGAUUCUCCGGGGGAAGACCUGAGAAGGCACGGCCUUUAAAGGUCAAAGGUGAGACUCAGACCCAGACCAUCAAAAUGAACUUCGAUUCGCCCAAAAAUUCCAAGGUCCGACGGAAAAGUACUAGAGAACCGACAAUGACCAUGCACACUCGUGCCGCAACCGAUGAGAUUUACGACCUAUUCAACCAGCCAUUGAAAGUGGAGGCAGAGGAGGAUCCAGAGGACAGUGUGUUUGGUAGCGAUUAUGAAGAAGAUGACGAUCUUGUCAGCAACGCGGAUAGCACUGUCACCGGACGCAUGUCGGCCGCCUCGAGUGACUUUGGCAACGAGGAGACGCAAACUUUCCACAAGUCGUACGAUGAUACCGAAUACGCAGAUACCACGAGAGCUGAGAGCAUUGGCGAUGGUGAUUGGACUGAGUUCAGUGUCAGCAAAGAUAUUCCUGGACAUGAACCUGGUGAUGUCACAUCUCAAUCAGUCUAUAGUGACGGAGUCGAUGAUUCCAACCUAGGGACCCCAGAAAGAGAUCAUUUCGUUCCUCGAAUGCCCGAUGACUAUGCUCCGCCAUGUGGCACGUAUAGGGACCCUGCCAUCAUGGCGCAGAAUCGUCUGCCCUUCAUGACGCCCAUCGUCGAGCGCACCGAGUGUUCAAUCCCCUCGCAGACGGUUGCUCGGGAGGCUUUGUACAAUACAAAGACGCCUUCGAAGCCUCGAUCACCAGCCGGCUUGCCGCAGAUGGGUGAUCUUCUUCUUUCUAGCCCAGUAGGAGCGGCAACACCAUACCUUGGAGACCACACCUUUACAUCUGCAGCUGAUGUACCAUUUAGCCCGACUGCUUUCAAGGCACUUGCCCCCAAGGCCCGUCGACAAAGAGAAGCUGUCAUCAAAGACGCUCAGUGCAAUCCUACUGAUAAGGGUAUACGAAACACAAUUUUGAACUCUCUGGAACCGCCUCUUGCGGCCUACGCUGGAUACCACGGCCAUGUCAAAGACAGUAACUACUCCUCUAUGAUCCAAAAGUUCGUCAAGACGCACAUUAGACGAUCCAAGGGUGAUAACGAGGGAUUCGACAUCCCAAUCCUCGAGUUCCCGGGGGCCGAGCGAAGCUACAUUGUUCGACGCGAGCUUGGUGCUGGUGCCUACGCUCCAGUUUACCUAGCAGAGAGUGUAGACAGCCUCGACUCAUACGGAUCUGACUCUGAUGAUGAGAAUUUAACUUCUGGCAGCCGCUCGAAGACAGCCAGCCCGUACCAAACUCCCCGAUAUUCAUUCGAGGCCAUCAAGGUUGAGAAUGGACCAUCCAGUGCCUGGGAAUUCUAUAUGAUCCGAACUGCACAUGACCGCCUGCAGCACUCCGUGGAUCAUGCCCGGGCUGCAGAGAGCAUCGUGCGGGCGCAUGAACUGCACGUACAUCAGCGUGAAAGUUUCCUUGUAGAGGACUAUCGAGGUCAGGGCACACUGCUUGAUUUGGUCAACAUCCUUCGCAAUGACCCCAUUACUUCGAACCACCACAGCGAGGGUGGACUCGAGGAAUCUCUAGCCAUGUUCUUCUCUGUAGAGCUCUUGCGCACUGUCGAAGGACUCCACGCGCACGGGAUUCUCCACGGUGACAUCAAAGCCGACAAUUGCCUUGUUCGUCUUGAAGAAUCCGAUACUGAAACCUCUCCUGCUACCGCCAUGUCUCUCCUUGACCUAAACGAGAACCCCUCUGAAGUGUGUGAUAGUAUCUACUACUCACCAAAUGGCCAUUACGGUUGGCGAUGCAAGGGCCUGGACCUCAUUGACUUUGGCCGAAGCAUUGACAUGCACGCCUUCCAACCUUCGGUACAGUUCAUUGCGGACUGGAAGGUGGGCACGCACGAGUGCAAUGAAAUCCGUGAGGCACGCCCUUGGACACAUCAGAUUGAUCUUUACGGCAUCGCGGGCACAAUUCACGUCCUGCUUUUUGGCAAGCAUAUCGAGUCUAUGCCUGUCCGCACCAGUGCUGGAGAUGCCUCUGGCAUUCAUACCUAUCGUAUUCGCGAGUCUUUGAAGCGAUACUGGGACCGUGAAUUGUGGGCGGAGGUGUUUGAUCUACUUCUGAACCCUGGUGCUGAGCGGUGGGCUCAUUUCGAACGUGAAGGCGGGAAUGAUGCCACUUCUUCGCCCAUUCUCCCUGUGCUCCAGUCUAUGCGCCAUGUGCGUCGCAACAUGGAAAAAUGGCUCGUCGUAAAUGCUGAAAAGAAGGGUCUUGCACUACAACUUCGCAAGAUCGAAGCAUUAUUGGCCGAGCGAAAGAAAAAGCUUGAACGAUCUUGA